UUAAGAUUUUUGACAGACAUAAUAGUAAAAUCAGAUGACAGUGUUAAUAUUUUCAUUUUUUGUGUAAAAAGUUAUAAAUUUUACAAACAAUGUUGCAAAAAUUACUUCAGGUCAGAUUUGACGCAAAAAUAUCUAGCAGGCAUUCAAAAUUAUUCUUUAGCAUUCCAAUUCAAAGUCAGUCAUGUCAAUGUGUAAGGUUAUAUUCGAAUCAAAGAGUGCUAUCUUCGUUGUACAAUUACGAAAGAGCUGUGUACUCGAGGAAUGGGAUAUCCUGUAUGAAAGCCAGAUAUUACAGUAGUCAAGUAGAUACGCAGAAAAGUGACGUAGAUAUUGAAGCUAUUAAGGAUAAGGCGGCUCUGGAUGCGACUAAGAAAAUUAAUGUCAAAUUAAAGAGUUCAGAGUUGAAAAGGUUGUUUAGUUUAGCUGCUCCUGAGAAAUGGAAACUUACUGGUGCUAUUGGCUUCCUUCUGGUUUCCUCUGGGGUGACUAUGGCAGUGCCAUUCUCUCUGGGGAAAGUGCUAGACAUAAUCUAUAGUAGCACUGCUGAUCUGGGUGCUGCACGAGAAAAACUUGACUCUCUCUGCUUGAUGCUGUGUGGAGUAUUCCUCAUUGGAGGCCUAUGCAACUUUGGGCGGGUUUACUUAAUGUCUAUAUCAGGUCAAAGGAUGACGCAAGCGUUACGUCGACAGGUAUACCGCGCAAUAAUGCGCCAGGAGCCUGCGUGGUUCGGGAAGAACUCUACGGGUGAACUAGUGAAUAGAUUAUCAGCUGAUACACAACUAGUUGGGCGAAAUCUGAGUCAGAACGUCAGCGACGGUCUACGAUCGCUGGUCAUGGUUGGGGCUGGAACGGGAAUGAUGUUCUACAUGUCUCCUUCACUGGCGUUGAUCGGACUGUGCGUCGUACCCCCGGUAUCAGUUCUAGCUGUGUUAUAUGGACGAUUUGUACGCGGCAUAACAAGGCAAUUGCAAGACAGCUUGGCUGAAAGUAGUGAGUUAGCAGAAGAGAGGAUUUCAAACAUAAAGACUGUGAAAGCAUUUAGCAAGGAGGAGCUUGAGUGCAGAAUAUAUGCUAAUAGAAUCGAGAACCUUUUGAAAUUGGCAUACAAAGAGUCUUUAGCCGUCGGCAGUUUCUAUGGUAUGACUGGCCUCGCGGGGAACACAAUAAUGAUUCUAGUCUUGUACUAUGGCGGCGGUAUGGUGGCUACUGAACAGCUGACCGUUGGGAAUCUUACGUCGUUCCUGUUGUACGCCGCGUACGUCGGCAUAAGCAUCGGCGGGCUCAGUAGUUUCUACACUGAGCUUAAUAAGGGAAUAGGUGCUGCCACGCGGCUGUGGGAGAUUAUUGAUAGAACACCCACUAUUCCUGUGGCCGGCGGUCUUAGACCAAAAAACAGGCCAAAUGGUGAAAUUGUACUAGAAGACGUCCACUAUACGUACCAAGGUGCUCCACUGAUCAAAGGAUUGAACCUACACCUGCUUCCUGGAAGGUCUCUCGCCCUAGUAGGGCGGUCAGGCUGUGGCAAGAGUACCGUAGCAGCUCUUAUACUGAGACUAUACAAUCCUGUCAAAGGCAGAAUAUUAUUGGAUAAUGUAGACAUCAGAGAUUUAGACCCCGUGUGGCUGAGGAGCCACAUUGGUUAUGUUAGUCAGGAACCGGUGCUUUUCAGCGGAAGUAUCAAGGAAAAUAUUUUAUAUGGUGCUUUAGAGGAUAAAGAUUAUAUGGAUAGUGAUGAGGUAAAGUCAGAUAAGGGCGAAGCAGACUGGCUGGCGGCGGCUCGGACGGCACAUCUCCACGAGAUUGUGCGAGACGGCAGUGGCUGGGAGCGGCAGGUGGGCGCCAGAGGAGAGCAGCUCAGCGGCGGACAGAAGCAACGUGUAGCCAUCGCACGUGCUAUUGUCAAGAACCCGAAAAUCCUCAUAUUAGAUGAAGCUACCUCAGCAUUAGACUCUUACUCCGAAUUCCUAGUCGAUAAGGCAUUGAAAGAGAUCAGCAGGGACCGAACGGUCCUUACUAUAGCCCACAGGUUGAGUACAAUACAAGCCGCGGAUGAAGUAGCAGUGUUAGAAAAUGGAGUGAUAGUCGAACAGGGACCAUAUGCGGACCUCAUGAUGAGAGACGGAUUCUUCAAAGAACUCAUCACGCAUCAAUCGUUCAACGCUAAAGCGAGAGCGCAAACGGAAGCAGAGGAAAGUACGACAGAGAUAAACAUAUUUACACCAGAGCCGAACGCAAAAGUGUAAUUCUAAGUAACGAGUACGCAACAAAAAUUUCAUAGUGCAUAUAUUUUAUGAACACUACAGAUAAAUGUAUGUGAAUGUCUCAGGGUACGCGACGAUUGUGAUGUGAGUUUUGUUGUGUGGUUUAUCUGGAAUUAUAACUCCAUGAUACCGCGAAAAUUUAACGAUUCGGAACGUUUUUCGAAGGCCAUUUUCGCGGCGUGUUGUGGGUCGGAUUUAUUUUUAUUUUCUGUGCACAAAUUGUUGAAUUUUGAAUGAUAUAAACACUGCCAUUGUGGGAACGAUGAUAAUUUGUUUGUUGUUGUUAAUGACAGAUAGAGUUUUUUAAUUUAUUUCCGGGUAGAUCUAAUUAUUAUGCUAGUAAUUGUUAUAGAGUGGUCUAAAAAUAAUUAUGUUUUGUUUACUGUUUUAAAGUAAAAUUAUUAAUUCGUUUAUUCGAUAAGGAAGCGUGGCGUUGGUUUAUUUAGUUUGUUCUUGGUUUUUUUUUUCUAUGACGACCUGCAACAUUUGAUAAAUAAUUUAACGAUUAAGUUCAGGGAGCGCUUAAUAGUUGUAAUUUUGGUAUGGUAUACCACCAGAUGAAAUAAACAAAGCUGCUUUCUGGAAAGACUAAAAAAAAUAAUAAGUAGGCACUGACUACUGAGUAAAAACUAGUUAGUAAUAACUUUAUGCAGGUAGUUGUAUAGUUCUAAAAGAGAUAAUUUCUGAGGACUAAAAUAAUAAGAACCAAGCCUAAAAUUGUUAUCUUAUACAACGCACGCGUUCGAGGUAUCGUAAAACCAAAAACGCAAUUAUUUAUCGACUACGCUAUUUACGUGUCUCUAAAUAUUUUUGUGAUAGUUAGGUAUUAUAAUUUUAUAGUUUUUACGUAGAUAAAAAUUCCUUAACACACUACCUACAUCAUCGAUGUCGAUAUAUUUGUAUAUAAAGAGGUUAAUUAUUUAUUUUGGUAAACGAAAGUUUACAACAGUUGUACAUGACGGGUAAUAUAUUUUUGACUUUAUGAAAUAAAUAAAAUGGUUGUUGUUAUUUUAAA